AUGGAAGGAACUUCAGGUUCCAACAGUGGGACAGGUAACAACAGUGGAGGCAACGAAGCUGCAGAGCCUGAAAGAGAUGCUAUUAUGGAUCAGCUUGAUAGGGAAGAGCCUGGCCUGAAUUUUGAGCAAGCUGUUGCUGUGCAGAUUGCCAAGGAGAGGGAAGCCAAGCGUAGACAGCAACAGCGCAAAAACGAUGCUGAAGAACUGCGUGCCCGGAAAGAGCCCUCAGAUAGUCUCAAGCUGGUUGGCCUGACCUCUGCUGUUCAAGAGUGGGCUAGGGCCUUGCUUGGUCUUCCUCGUCAAUCCGCCACUCGAUCGUCAACCAAUAUCUCUGCCGCUGUCCUACUUGCACGCCACCUUCCUGACGAGCCAACUACUGAAGAGGUUGAGAAGUGGGCCAACUAUGCUGACGAAAGGACAAAAUAUUUAGAAGUCAACAUUCAAAAAAAGAUGGACGAGCGCCUCAAAAAUAACCCCUCAGCAAAUGAUUCUGUCAAGCAUCAAAUGACUAUUGUAGUGUCAAAAGAAGCUGCUAUUAUGUUUCGUCAAGCUUUUCCCCCUCCUAAAUUUAUCUCACGUGUUGCCCAUAAUACUGCCUCAAUUACCACCUAUGAUGCUACUCGUUUAGGAUGUGCUGAAGCUAAAUUUGCUGGCUGUGGUUUCUCUCGAAUUUCUUUCCAAUGGACCGGUCCUCCUAAAACUCCUUGGAACAUGGCCAUGUUAGACAACUUAGUUACUAGCUGGUUAGAUUGUUAUAAUGCUCGAGGUGUACCUUCUGGAUUCCCGAUCGACACAAGCCUCAAUAUUCCACUUGAAACUAGAGAGAUACUUUCCCGCUGGGUAUCAAAUAAGCGCAGAGUCUAUCGAGAGGAGGUAAAGGACAAGAAGUUGGUGUCUACCGAAGGAGGCAGUGAGAAGCUUGUCCGCAAGAAACUUUCAGAGAGGGAGAAAGCAGCUUUGAAAGCUAUUAGAAAAAAGCUUUGUGACAAACGGGCUGCAGCAGUAGAGCCCUACUUUCGUCAAUUCACAGGUCCACUCAGGGUCCUGCUCAACUGUGAAGAGGUGCAUUCUGAGACUGAAAUGGACCCAGAGAGGCCAGGGAAGUUCAGGAAGAUCAAGCUCAACUGGAGGACCCCCCAGCUUGAUGAGUUGAUUAAACUGGCUGAUGACGCAGCUCCCAAAAGGGAGAGUACCCAAAACAAAAAAGAUAGAUUGAAAGAGUUUUUCCAAUCCAGAGGAGCGUAUUCGCCAAAUGUUCCUGACGCUGAAGAUCAACUUCCUCCUAAGGCUCUUCCAAAAUGCCUCAUCAAGCCGGAAAUACUGACUGAAGGGAUUGAUGAGAUUACAAUUGAUAGUUUGGAGUUGUCUGACAAAGCAGUUGAUCUCAAAUCGGCUAUUGAGCUUUUGAAGAAGAAGCUUGCAAAAAGCAACUCCAUGGCGGUUUCUACCUAG